CCGAUCUUUCGCUGAUGCGCAGGGUUGCACUGACUUGCACAAGGUGGCUCACAAUUACACUAUGGACCAGAAAGCAAGGGAUUGAAACUGCAGACCAUUUGUUCUCUGAAAUAUCCUGUUCUUCCAGAGAGAGUUCCCAUAAGAAGAAGGAAAGAAAAUCCUAAUGAGGAGGUUAAGAAUGCUAGGUGAUAAACUGGCUCCUUCUUUUUGUCUUCAGAAUCUCUGUAGAGGAAGAGGAAUUGUCAGAUUCUGAUUAUAAAAAAACCCAGACAUAGGACAAAGAGUGCCUGUAUUCCCAGUGGAAUACUUUGAUACUCUGCUCAAAAGGAGUCUCUGCUUUAAAAAUAGAAUGGGAGCAAGAGGAAGUUGAGCUUGUUCCCAUCAGAAAGCAAUGGUCUGCAAGCAACAAGAAGGAAAAUCAGUCUUUUUACACAUAACAGCUGUUGAAGUGAUGMAAUCCAGUUGGAAAAAAUCUUUCCAAAGAGGACCCCUGACUGACUUAUGCAAGAUCAGCUUGUUGUUGCCUCCAGAGACAAAAGAACUUUUCAUGCAAGUGCUUUCCCCUUCCUCUUCCUGUGACCCGGAUAGACAAUUUGGAAGGUUUAAGGAAAACUUCAUGGAAGUAAUUAGAAAUCAGGAAUUUCUGUUAUUGCCAGCCACUGAAAUUGCUAAGCUUUUAGCAAGUGAUGACAUGAAUAUUCCUAAUGAAGAAACUAUACUGAAUGCACUGCUUACAUGGGUUCGACAUGAUUUGGAACAAAGAAGGAAAGAUCUCAGUAAACUCCUGGCUUACAUUAGACUGCCUCUGCUUGCUCCACAAUUUCUGGCAGAUAUGGAGAACAACGCACUCUUUAGGGAUGACAUUGAAUGUCAAAAACUCAUUAUGGAAGCAAUGAAGUACCAUCUGUUGCCAGAGAGACGACCUAUGUUGCAAAGCCCUCGCACCAAACCUAGAAAAUCUACAGUGGGCGUUUUGUUUGCAGUUGGAGGAAUGGAUGCAACAAAAGGAGCUACAAGCAUUGAAAAAUAUGAACUUCGUACCAACACAUGGACUCCAGUUGCAAACAUGAACGGACGAAGAUUACAGUUUGGAGUUGCAGUCUUAGAUGACAAAUUGUAUGUUGUUGGUGGCAGAGAUGGACUGAAAACAUUGAAUACUGUGGARUGUUACAACCCUAGAUCAAAAACUUGGAGUGUAAUGCCACCCAUGUCCACUCAUCGUCACGGUCUUGGAGUAGCUGUAUUGGAAGGUCCCAUGUACGCUGUAGGAGGACAUGAUGGCUGGAGCUAUCUGAAUACAGUAGAAAGAUGGGAUCCACAGGCUCGUCAGUGGAACUUCGUAGCUAGUAUGUCAACUCCCAGGAGCACUGUUGGUGUAGCAAUAUUAAAUGGAAAGCUUUAUGCAGUUGGUGGUCGAGAUGGAAGUUCUUGUCUUAAGUCUGUAGAAUGUUUUGAUCCUCAUACAAACAAAUGGACUCUCUGUGCCCAGAUGUCAAAAAGAAGAGGUGGUGUAGGUGUAACCACCUGGAACGGAUUCUUGUAUGCAAUAGGUGGCCAUGAUGCUCCAGCAUCCAACUUAACAUCCAGGCUGUCAGACUGCGUGGAAAGGUAUGAUCCCAAAACAGAUAUGUGGACUGCUGUGGCCUCUAUGAGCAUUAGCAGAGAUGCAGUGGGGGUGUGUCUUCUUGGUGACAAGUUGUACGCUGUUGGAGGAUAUGAUGGUCAAACAUAUCUUAACACAGUGGAGUCUUAYGAUCCUCAGACAAAUGAAUGGACACAGGUUGCACCACUGUGCUUAGGAAGAGCUGGAGCAUGUGUUGUGACUGUAAAACUCUGAAUUGUUUACUCCAUGAAGGUGACAUUCUCCUGUGUAGACUCAGAGGAUUACUUUUUCCUCAAGCAAACUACCAGUGGCACCAAUAAACACCAGGCACAGGAUAUCUACCACAGCAAAGUGUUUGGUCUGAAGUUGACAUGAACAUGUUGUUCUUAUGGACCAACAUUAAGCACUUUUUUAAAGCCUAUCUUUGUUACGUAUAUGUUACAAGAAUUCUACUUGUACGAAAAUCAUCUGCAACCUGCCAGUUGUCAGCGGAGGACUUCUGUUUAGGAAGCACGAAGAAAAUGAGUGAACUAACUAUAAUAAUCAAAUGUUAUGGAUCCCGGGUCUUGAUUUUCCCAAACAUGCAGAGCAAUUAUGCUAUAAAUGGAUAUACUUUGACAUAAUUGGGUCCAUCUCUGAGUGAAAAAAGUUAUAGGAUUGGACUCCAUAGAUUUAAUUUGCCUGUUACAAACACAUUUGGCUAUAGCUAUCUGAGUGACUACAACACAGGCUGACAAACCAAUGCAAACUAUUAUAAAUGGCAGUGUAAUGCCUGCCUUGGAAAUGAAGUUGUGUAUUUGGUGAAUUUUUUGCACUUUUUAUCAUCAUUCCUAGUCUAGUGAACUUUUUAUUUAACCAAAGCCUUGUUUUAAAUAUUGUCUUAUGCUAACAGAAGCCUGCUAUUUAAUAAGUUCUGGCAGGUAUUUUUGACAUCCAGUACUUUUUGGAUUUUCAAAGUUGUUAUAUAAGAUGCAGAACAUCAUACCUUUUUCUUUACUUUGGUUCUUGUAUUCACUUUGCUAUUUGUUUGAGUUAUGGGAAGAAUUCUAAAGUGUGAUUAACAAUUAACCAAUUUAAGUUUAAUAUUUGCACUUUGGAAUUUUUGAAGCAUUCCAUUACAUCUAGACUAAUUACAUUUUUACAUGAGGCUUUGCACUACUAUGMAAAGUAUAAUUUUAUAAGAUGAAGAAAUUGUUUGUCUUUCCUGUAAGGUUAUUUAAAAAUGUAAAGGGCCCAAUCCUGCAAGACGCUCAACUGCCACCAUGUAAGCUUGUUCAGCAUCUUACAGGACAGUGACGUGUGCCUCGCAGGAGUGUAUCAAAUUAGUUACCUUAUUUAACAAUUACCUAWUUUUUUCAGAUACUUUAUAAUUUGCCUUUCUCGAGCCCUAUGCUGUUACACCGAAUUGCUUUGAAGGGUCUAAAUGUUCUCGGGAGAACUUUUUGUAUUUGCUUUUCCGUGCCUUGUCCCUUAUGUUUCCCGAACAGCACCGCGCGUGAAAAACGGGAAGAUGUGAACUCAUUGAAUGUUUUGGGUUUGUUUUYCUUUUUUAAAAGUUUUAAGUGCCCGAUACCCAAAGUCCUUUGUACAUUUGUAACUUUAAAUCUGUGUUUUAACGCUCUCGGCGAACUAUUUAUUGUUUUAAAAGAAAUCGGUGACACUUUGUUAUGCUUUGUUGAAAUACAGCUGAUCUCA